AUGGACGCCACGGCGGCUGUAAUUGUUCACGAGGAGCUGGCUGCUGUCGACCCUGCCUUUUGCCUGGCCUACCUGGCCCACAGCAUGCUCUUCGUGAACAACCUCGCCCAGAACGGGAAUGAGGCCCAGAAGCAAAAGUGGCUGCCCUCUGCGGUAGAUGGCUCCAAGGUUUGUGGCAUGUGCAUGUCCGAGCCGGCCGUCGGCACUGAUGUGCUGGGUAUGAAGACGACAGCCGUCCGCGAGGGCGACGAGUACGUCAUCAAUGGCGCAAAGAUGUGGAUCACAAACGGGACUCUUGAUGGCAAGGACACUGGCGACGCAUACCUUGUGUAUGCUCGCACGGGCAGCACAGCAAGGGACAUCUCACUCUUCCUUGUUGAGAAGGGCACCAAGGGGUUUUCACUUGGCCAGAAAAUACAGGACAAGUGCGGUAUGCGGGCCUCAAUGACGGCAGAGUUGGUUUUCCAGGAUUGCCGUGUGCCUGCGUCCAACCUCGUUGGUGAAGAAGGCAAAGCAGCGCUGUGCAUGAUGAGGAACCUGGAGAUAGAGAGAGUCGCCCUCGCAGCGAUGAGCCUAGGCAUUGCCAGGAGGUGCAUCGAGGAGAUGAACAGGUAUGCCAAGGAUCGGAAGGCCUUUGGUUCUCAGCUGAACAGCUUUGGGCAGAUUCAGAGAUUCAUUGCUGAAUCCUACGCCGAAUACCAGGCGGGCCGCAGCUACGUGUACCAGACGGCCAAGCACCUCAAGUUGGAGUCCGUAGGAAACGGCCUGGACGCUGACGGUGUGAAGUUGUACUGUGGCCACAUGGGCAAGAUGGUGGCUGACCGCGCUAUCCAGGUACUAGGUGGGUAUGGCUAUGUUGGUGAAUACAACGUGGAGAGGCUCUGGCGCGAUGCCAAGCUUCUUGAGAUCGGAGGUGGCACCAACGAGGCAAGGGCUGGAGACAUUUCAAAGAAAGGUCCAACAGGCAAAAAAGAUGGCUCUGCAGCUAACAACUGCGGCUAUGUGCUUACAGUUUGGGCAGCGCUGGGCUUUCUCCAUGGGGCCCACUGGUGGGUCUUCCCUUGCCUUUCAGCCCGGCCAGAUGCCAGACAGGAGUGGCUUUGUCGAUGGCACGCCGCUUCCUAUAUCGCGGGCAUCGUUGUGACAGCUGUAGGUGGCGGCUACUGCCGGUCAGGAACAGCUCGAGUUUGCCCGGGUGGUGAGGACAUGAGUCCUCACUGCCUUUUUACGGAGCAAACCACCGCCUACCAGAUCAUCUACAUACUCCAUUACGUGGGUCUCGCCUGGAACUUUGCUCACUGGGUCAUGGAUGGCUUCCACCUGUGGUCCUGGUCGAAGCAGCUUGCGCGUGGAGAGCCUUUGAGGCUUUUUGCGACCAACGCUUCCUUGGGCAGCUACUUGUACAGCUCCAUCGUCUGGCUAGCAGUGGCGCUGGCCACACUCACCUGGACGGUGAUUUUCCAGUGGACGACUGGCAACGCAGAGCAGCCCAGCACUUUGAAUACGCUGGCCGGCAUAUUGCUCAUAGAGUUUAUCGCAGUGCUGCUGAUCUCUUGCCUAGUGCUGCGAACAUGGCGUGUCAUCACUGCGGGCAAGCUCUCUGCCGGCCCUGUGUAG